AUGGACCCGUUAAAGUACUUGUUCGAGAAAUCGACACUAACGGGCAGAAUCGCAAAAUGGCAACUGCUGCUUUCCGAGUUCAACAUCACCUAUGUCACUCAGAAAGCAAUCAAGGGGCAAGUACUGGCUGACCAUUUAGCAGCACACUCUCUGCCAAAUUAUCAACCACUGAAGACCUUCUUCCCUGAUGAGGACAUUCUCCUAAUUGAGGAAGAAGAAGAAAUGAAGGCAGGAGAGUGGAUACUCUUCUUCGACGGAGCUAGAAAUUCAGAAGGGAGUGGGCGAUUGGUAUUCCAAUGCACCAACAACGUAGUUGAGUAUGAAGCAUGUAUCGCUGGAAUAAGAGAAGCCAUAAUCCUUAAUGUGAAGAAGUUACGAGUCUUCGGAGACUCACAACUCAUCAUCAAUCAGACGAGUGGUGACUGGAAGACGAAGGAUGAAAAGCUGAUCACGUAUCACAUCUAUCUGGAAAAUCUAACUGAGGAAUUUGAAGAGAUCACGUUCUCUUACAUGCCCCGAGCCAAGAACCAAUUUACGGACGCUCUGGCUACCCUUGCCUCGAUGCUAGAAAUCCCGAAAGGAGUAGGUAAACGGGAACUCACCGUCAAACUCCAGGAAGAACCCGCGUUCUGCUUAUAG